CGUGCGCAUGCGCUGUUCAACCCAUUAUUUUGUCCACCUCAAGCAACAAAUGAAGAACAGGCUGAGUGUUCUUUGAUAUGAAUUAAAUAUUAAUAUACGGAAACAUUUUGUUCCUGUUCAAUGUCACUCUUAUACAUGGAGUUACACGAUACAUAGCUUGCAUCUUGGCCGGGCCGUAGAGCCCGCCGUCGGGGGAUUCGAGGCCGAAAACACUCCGGAGUGACAGCACGAUAGCUUGGGUGUUUAGCUAUUUGGCUAGCUUGUCUGCUAACGGAAGGGGUUCGAGAGGAGGAAGGAAAAAUAAGAUAGAGGAAUUUUGACAACUCCAUCUUUCAGGCAGAAAGGGCUGCGGCUGCCCUUUUCCUGUCAAACCUGCCGACGAGAUGGCGCACCUACGCGACAUGCAGAACCAGGUAGGUAGCCUAAUCUGUAGGGACUGUCACCCCGUUUAGCCAAGGCGAACACCGAUGACUGCGAGGCAUUCGAUGAAUAGAUGGGCGGGUUUAGGUGGGUGGGGGCGCCUAGCUAAAUCAUUACACACACUGAAACAGACGACUGGAGAUUUCAAAGAUAGCGGAGAUGUACACACCCAUCCGAAAUCCAUUCAGCCUCCAAUGUUUAAUCUUGUCGCUGUCAACAACACACAUCCUCCUAAUCCCCAUCAAGUAAAGCAGCUAACCAAUAACAUUGUAGCCUAUUUGCACGACAUAUAAUCAAAUUACCUUAUUUCUAAAAACUGUAGUUUAUCCAAAACCAGAAUGGCCAAAUGUCUUGACAGAUCCAGUUUACGAGCUAAUAAAGCCUGUUGUUGUGCCUCUUACUAAGUCGUUCUAUGUUGUCACUGCUUUCCUGUGGAGCAGAAUUCCAGGCUGGACCCUGAGGAGUACUUCACCAAGCAGGAGCGCAUUGGGAAGGGCUCCUUUGGAGAGGUCUACAAGGGCAUCAACAACCGCACCAAAGAGGUGGUGGCCAUCAAGAUCAUUGACCUGGAGGAAGCCGAGGACGAGAUUGAAGACAUACAGCAGGAGAUCACCGUACUGAGUCAGUGUGACAGUCCCUUUGUCACAAAGUACUAUGGCUCCUACCUGAAGGUAAAGCUAAACGCAUAGACAGAGACCCGAAAGAGAGACACACACAGAGACAUACAGACACAUACAUAUCACUCAUACACCAAUAUAUAUAUACACACACGCACACAAACUCACACACUCUGAGACUUCUGCCUAUGUUCAGGUCAAAUCUCACAGCAGGCCUUCGCAUUGAAAAACGUCUCGGUCUCUGUUUCUCCAGGGCACUAAGCUAUGGAUCAUCAUGGAGUAUUUGGGUGGGGGAUCAGCUCUGGACCUGGUAAGACAAUGCCUUUCCUAAUUGCUCCUGAGGGGAUAAGUACAAUUGUAUUUAACUGAAUCAGUGGAGCAGCUAUUGACAUUGUAUGCCAAUUGUUUGAUUAAUAAAUGCUGACUUACAGAUGUCUGAUUAAUAAAUGCUGACUUACAUUACAAAAGGCAUGAGUUGGAAGAUGAGUUGGAGGAUGCACACGUAUUUAGCAAUAAUCUAAAUAGGCUCUCAGCAAGAAACUCCCAAUGACUGAGUCAUCCUCACUCUCCCUCUCUCCCCCUCUCUCUCUCUCCCCCACUCUCCUCUCCCCUACUCUCCUCUCCCCUAAUUUUCUCUUUCUUUCUCUUCCAUUAUCUCUCUCUCCCCUCUAUUUCUCUCUCUUCAGCUACGUCCUGGGCCUCUAGAAGAGACCUAUAUCGCCACCAUACUGAGGGAAAUACUGAAGGGACUGGAGUACCUGCACUCUGAGAGGAAGAUCCACAGAGAUAUCAAAGGUGCAGGCUGCUCCCUUUGGUCCCCUAUUCAUCUGUCUAUGCAACAGGACAGCAACCCCUAACAGAAUCCCCCACCCAUCAAAAUGAUACCCUGAGCCUGCACUCUACUGGUGGUUUCCGUAGUGUAGUAGUUAUCACGUUCACCUAACACGUGGAAAGGUCCCUGGUUCGAAACCGGGCGUAAACAUAUUUUCAAAAAGUAAAUAGCAGCUGCGGAACCAACUUUUUCCAGACUUUUUGUUCCCCUAACUAUGUUCCAACAUCUAGUGGAAAGCCUUCCCACAAGAGUGGAGGCUGUUAGAGCAGCAAAGGGGGGACCAACUCCAUAUUAAUGCCUAUGAUUUUGGAAUAAGAUGUUUGACAAACAGGUGUCCACAUACUUUUGGUCAUGUAGUGUAUAUUAUGCAGGUAUGAACUACACAUUGACACAUCCAGCCCAAAGCGGGAGGUUUAACAAAAUACUUACUAGUUGCCAAAGUACCGGAGCAUGUCAUUAAUAGUUGAAAAAAAUACUAAAGACUGAUCUGGGAAGACCAUGUAGAACAGGGCCCUAGUAGACAGCUAUAGGUGCCAGUGGAUAUAUGGUUCAGCCGCCACAGGUCUGUCCAGUCCAAGAUAUCUUCAGAACAGGUUUAUUACAGAUACUUGGUUCAACCACACCACACUGCUUGUUUUGACUGCCUACUGUGUAAGUGAGUGUAAAAGUAGUUCUAUUGAAGGCAGAGGAGGCUAGUGAGUGGAGGACAGCUCAUAAUAAUUAAUGGAAUGGAAUCAAACACAUGGAAACCAGGUGUUUGAUGUGUUUGAGACCAUUCCAUUAAUUCUGUUCCAGUAAUUACUAAUUUAUGAGCCCAUCCUCCCCAUUUAAAGUGCCACCAGCCACCACUGAUGGCGGAAUAGAAAGUUAAGUGGCUUACAUUACAUACAGGCCCAUAGAGUAGACUGUGGGGGUUUACAGAAUACAUUAUGACAUGGUACUACUAUGCCAUGACAGGACAAAGAUCAAUUUACUGGUAAGUAAAUGUGACUGGAAUGUAUCCAAGGUCUUGCAUGAGACCAGAACCAACGUGGAAUAGUAGGCAACUGCACCAUGUGGAAAGGGACAGGCUUUUAGUCUAUAUGUAACAUGUGGCUACAUACAGUACCUACAUACUGUAGCUACAUGAUAGGAUUACAUGAGGCUACACAAAAUACUCUAAAUGUCCACAAACACGGCUAUAACUUUAACCUGACAACAUAGAAUAAUAUUAUGCCUAAAACGAUGUAGCGUUAUGCGCUAUCCCAAAACUAACAAGCUAACGUUAGCAUGGCUGGCUAACAUCUUGGUUUAGCUAGCUAACGUUAGCUAGCUAGCUGUAUGACCUGCAAUUGCAUGAAGCACAUGGACAAGGAAAAUACCAUAAACAUGGUAAAUAACUAAACUGCCUUAGCAAUGACAUGUCACAGUACUUACAAUUAGAUGCAUGCACUAAACACAGGUCAAAUUCGAUUAACUUGAGGAACAGUCCAAGGAGUACAAAUUUAGCUUUUGACUUCGAUCUCACUCUGAAGAUGGGGGGUGCUGAAACGACUAGCUAACUGCUAAACUGUUAAUUAAUGGUGCUCUUUGGCUAACUGGUUAGUGUUGUGAUCUACCUGUAUACAACAUGUAUAUGGUUAAAUCUUGUUAUUACAUGUCGUUAAUGCUAAAACGGUAGAUGUUCUGAUCCAUCAGGGUCUGGAGAUUUUGCAGGAGAAUCAUCCAUAAAAACGGAUUUCUACAAAGCAGUAGGUGUAGGCCAAUAGAUCAACAUAGAGAACAUUCAUUGCCGUCUUCUUUUUGAACGAUGUGAGUGUUGUGAUGAUAUCUAUUAAAUGUAAGCUAAGCACUUAAAUGUAAGCUAAACGCAUCUUCUAAGUGGUAUAUACUAUUAUUUAUUGACCACCAACCCUCCUCUCUCUCUCCCUCCCCUUCUCCCUCUCUCUGUGGCAGCUGCCAAUGUGCUGCUGUCAGAGCAAGGCGACGUGAAGCUGGCAGACUUUGGCGUGGCGGGUCAGCUGACCGACACCCAGAUCAAGAGGAACACAUUCGUGGGCACUCCCUUCUGGAUGGCGCCCGAGGUCAUCAAACAGUCAGCCUACGACUUUAAGGUCAGCAACCCACAUGGAGUUGGCAGUUGGCUCUAAUAUGGCCUAGUCCACAUGGUUGGAGGAGCGUCAGCAGGGUUUAUUUCCGUUAGUGCAGGAUAUUGAAUGAAACUCAAAUGUGAGAACUGAGAAGAGCCUCUUAUUGUCAAUUAGCAUUUUUCUAUUUUUGAAUUGGAAGAUCGUUUCACUUCCUUAAUUGAGGUGGAAUUUACACAAAUCCUGCUGCUGCUCCAUUGUUUUUGAUGUCAGGCUCUUGAUACAUGUUCAGCACAUCCCUUAUGAAUUCUGUACACAUAAAUAUCAAGUGUGUCUGUACAUAUGUAUCUAUCUGUGUAUACAUGUCUGUCUUACACUUGUCUGGCUUCCUCCCAGGCGGAUAUCUGGUCCCUGGGCAUCACGGCCAUUGAGCUGGCCAAAGGGGAGCCCCCCAACUCAGACCUGCACCCCAUGAGGGUCCUCUUCCUCAUUCCUAAGAACACCCCUCCCACCCUGGAGGGAUCCUACAGCAAGCCCUUCAAAGAGUUUGUGGAGGCCUGCCUCAAUAAAGACCCACGCUUUGUGAGUCAAUUACUUUCUCUGUUGAAGUUCUCCAUUGACAAUUAUUUUUAGUUGAGUGCUAGGCUUAAUCUGGGUUCUGGGAAACUGGCCCUGAAAAGUCUACCUGUUUGAGGGGACUAGCAGUAGACGACCUAUCAAAAUAACAAUUUUAAAGAGCAUGACUUUGUAGGCAUCCUUCCCUAAAAUAAACAUGUGUACUUAGGCUGUUAUAAGCAUUUGUUUGUUUUAUUCAUAGAAAUAGACUUACAAUACCUCAAUGGUGUUGCUGGUGCACCUAUAUUUAGAGUUUUAUCAUAAUAAUACCAACUUCAUUUAUAAAGCGCUCAAAGCAGUCAUAUUUAGUAUGGGAUUGAAUGCAUGUCUUUGUACUACGCUCUCUCCCUCAAUAGAGGCCGACAGCCAAGGAGCUGGUGAAGCACAAGUUCAUCACACGCUACACCAAGAAGACGGCCUACCUGUCGGAACUCAUCGACCGCUACCGCCGCUGGAGGUCCGAGGGCCACGGGGAGGAGUCCAGCUCAGACGACUCAGAUAUGUGAGGCCCUUAACACACACACACAGUGACGCGCUCACACACAAGCACAGACAUAUACAGUACACAAUGGAUGAAUCAGUUUUAAAACAAACACACACGACAACCUACCCAACAUAUUCAAUAUUUCUGACUGGCUGUAGAUAUAGAACAUGCACUUCUCUAUUUUACGUGGUACUGAAUUAAAGAUCUCAAACAGACCUACUGUCUCCUCUUCUUACAGGGAUGCUGAUGGUGACGACAACCAGUGUCCUAUGUGGACCUUCCCCACAGUCCGACCCAGCUCCAUGAACAAACUACAGAAGGGCUACAUACAUGCCGAUACAGAGGUGAGACCAUGUUGGUGCACAUUUAAACACACAAACAAACAGCUUGGGCUGGGACACUGUGUGAAGUAAUUUGUUGUCUCUGGGUUUUUUUUUCAGUCUGCGGAUUCGGUGAAACGGCAACCCAAGUCACAGUGUCUGUCGGCAUUGGUCACUCCCAUUUUCAAAGAGGUAACAAGUUCCAGAAGCUACGUCUUAGAAUGUGCACAUUGUGUGGACAAUACAAUUUUCCUUUUCUAUUAACGCUAUGCUGAAAUCUAAUUAAUCCCUGUGUUUGUCCUGUCCAGUUAAAGGAGAAGCGGAGGGCUGCUGGAGGUGGCGUGGGGGCCAUCGAGGAGCUGGAGAACGCCUUUAACCUGGCCGAGGAGUCCUGUCCCGGCAUCUCCGACCGCCUCGUCACACACAUGAUGGAGAGAGUCUGCAGGUGAGUUUGGUGGGCUGGCCUCAAGCACACGCACAAUUCCAAUACACUUCAGUGACAUCCUUUUCUCACCUCUUGUCCGUUGUGACUAACACCACUGAUCUGAAAGGACAAAGAAUAAAAGGUGAGGUAUGACUAUAUGGACACAGACGAGUGCAAUUCAUUGGUGUCUUAUCACUACAAUAUCACCUAUUCACUCAUUUAAAUCUACUCUCCUUCUCUUUUAUUCAUCAGGUUCUCUCUCAAUGGUAACACCACCCCCUCCUCGCGGUGAACCCCUGCUGGCUGCUACUCCAAAUCCCCUUCCGUCUACAUCUAUUCCCCCUCAGACCGUCCAACGUCCCCCCAUGGACCACGAAAACCCACUCCUCUGCCCCCCAGUCCACCUGACGACCUCCCAGAGAGCUUUUAAUUAGUUACGAUUAAAUAUUUUUACAUUUUUUCCUUUAUAGAACGGAGAGUAUUUAAGACAAAAAAAAGCCAUGACAUUAAGAACGCUGUGUAUACCUGUUAGAUCGAGACACAAUCCUAAAAUAAAGUCUAUGGAAACGUCUA